GUGUAACGCAACAUUACGCUUGCGUUCGCUCUUCUCAGACCUUAGACGACGAUCCGACGUACGAAUUGAACGAUUUAAUGUUGUAAAUCUGACGGCCAACGAUGAGUUUUUCACAAAAAGUUGCCGGAAGCAGUGCUUCUUAUAUGUCACCAGCGACAAGUACUAAGGAAUUCACUUUAAAAGUAUCCAAGAGCUCUGAUGUAAAAUAUCAGAUGAUGAAAUUCAAUAGUAAUUUAAACAUCGACUUUGACAAAUGGUCUCAUGCCAAAAUGGAGAGAGAUACCAAUAAAGUAGAUGGAAAAAUUGCAGAAGAAGAUAUGCCUAAAUUUGGAGCUGGAAGUGAAUUUGGUCGCGAAGCUAGACAAGAAGCAAGGAAAAGAAGAUAUGGAGGUAACAAAAAAGUGUCAGAAUCUAGUCCUUGGACAUUGAAAGUUGGAGGGAAAAAAUUUAGAGGUGUGCGUGAAGGAGGAAUUACUGAUAAUUCUUCAUAUUACUUGUUUACUCAUGGAGAAGAUGGUAUAAUUAUUGCACAUAAACUAGAAGAGUGGUAUAACUUUCAACCAGUACAACGAUACAAAACAUUAACUUCUGAAGAAGCAGAAGAAGAGUUUGGAAGGCGCAAUAAAGUCUUGAAUCAUUUUACUCUCAUGGUACAAAAAAGACUCAAAAAUGAAGAAGAGGAAGACAUUGAUGAGGAUGAUAAAACUAAAGGAAAAAAAACACCAAAAAGUCGUAAAAGCAAAGAGCUCAAAAUAUCAGAAAUGGAAGAAUGGGAGGAAAGCGAAGAAGAAGAGUCUGAAGAAGAAGAACAGGACGAGGAAAAAAUUGAAAAGAAAAAGAAACAAAAACAAAAAAGCAAAGUCAAAGCUAAACCAAAAAAAAAGUCCAAAGGGUCUGACGAAUCAGCAACUGAAGAGAGUGAUGAUGGUGAUGAAGAAGGCAGAGAGUUGGAUUAUAUAUCUGAUUCUUCAGACGAUGUGUCAGACGAUGAAGCUAAAGUUACUAAAGAAAUGCAGGGAGUGUCAGAAGAAAAGGCUCUACACAGUCUCUUGACAUCUGAUGAGGACGAAGACGAAGACGCAGAGAAGAAAGAAGAAAAUAAAGAUGAACAAAAUAAUACUGAUGUGGAAGAAGAAGAUAAAACUAAAAAAGAAGAAAACAAACCUAAGCAACCCUCACCAAAUAAGAAAAAGAAGAAAAACACUGAUAAAAAAACAAAAAAAGAAACGGACUCAGAUAGUGAUAGUUCUGUGGACAGCUCAGAUAUAGACAGUGAGCCAAUUAGAAAGAGACCAUUUGGUUUUGUAGAUGGAAUGAAAAAUAAUGAUCUAAUUGGCUUUCCGGGUGAUUCAUCUAAUCAAAGCAUGGAACCCGCUCAUAAAAAAGCUAAAGUCGAAUUUUCACCAGUUACAAUGACUGAUACUCAUGGCAUAACCGAGGAGGCUGUCCGUCGAUAUUUGUCACGAAAACCAAUUACUACAACUCAACUUGUAACCAAGUUUAAAAAUCGUUCUAAUUUAAGUUCUGAACAAUUGGUUAGGAUUAUAGCAUUAUUAUUAAAGAGAAUCAAUCCUGAGAAAAAAAUGAUAAAAAAUAAAAUGUACUUGUCGUUAAAACACUAAAAAUCCUUACUAAAACCAUAUUUGAAUAUAGAUUUUUUUUUUUAUUGUACUUCAAUUGCUUAAAUUCUGCAAUCACACCAUGUCAUACGCACUAGUAGUCAAGAAUCUAGCUCUGAUCAUUGUUCUGAUGAUUUAAUUUGACUGUCUGUGUAAAAUGAUCUUCUCAUAGGUCAAUGGCUGAUUAUACUAUCUUAAAUUGUGAUUCAUAACAUUUUUUUAUUGUUAAUUUAUUUGAAUGUUGUCAAAUAAUUUUUAUCAUAAUUUUUAGUUAUUUAAGAAACGUGUAGUAUAAUUUGUUUACCCAAAUAAUAAUUAUAACGUUGUUUAAGAGGGUGCCAUAUUCAUAUUUGUUGUUUUCGUAUUUUAACUGUGUAGCAUAGUAAAUGUAUGUUAAGUAUUUCAUAUUUUUUGUACAAAUAAUAGUACUAAACAUAGCCAAUAAAUUUGUAUUUGUUUCCAUCUUUUAAAUAUGCAGCAUUCUAAAAUUAUUUACAGUAGUUCAUAUUUUUUGGCAAACUUAUGUGAAUUGCUGAAUAUAUCAUAAACAUAAAAUAUUUUAUACGCUUAUAUAACAAAGAAAAAUAUUAUGAAUGUGGCGUCCUCUUAGGUAAUAAUUACAUUUUAUACUGAAAAAAGCAAAUAUCAAUUAUUUUAUUAAGGUAUUAUUUUUAUUAUUUGUAGAAGCACAAUUUUUUAAAUGUUCAAAUUACUUAAAAAUAUAUUUUCUCUCCCUUUACUCAGCAUUUAUUAAAAAUAUUAUCUGUUAUUAAGAGGCCAAGUUAUGAUUAGAUUUCAAAUUAGUACAAUUAAUUUUUUUUAAUGUUUUUAUAAAAUUAAAUAAAUUAUAAGAGUAAGUGUAUUUUAUAAAUGUUUUAAUAGAUUCUAUUUGAGGUGAUUUUUGUAUCAAACAACACUUAAUUAUAAUAUGCAAACUCAACAUCAACUAUUGAUUGUUAAAUGGUCCAUCUACGUUUGAUAUUAGAAAUGUUUAAGCUUUUAACUAUUUUUGUAUAAGAAUUUCAGCGUUUAUACUCUUAAUUUUCAAAAACCAUAACUAUUAAAAUAUUACAGUUAAUUAAAAAAUUUUAAAAUCAA